AUGCCUCGAACGCGCAAUCGCGCCAGUGCUGCGCAGGAGACGGUCGUCGUCGAAGAACCCGUCGUCGAGGAAGCACCCGCUGAACAAGAGCAAGAGGAGGACCACCAAAGCAUCGAGGGUGGCCCGAGGCCGCUGGCCUUUCACGAAUCGCUGAACUGGCGCGCUGGGAAGCCCAUUGCCGUCGCCGAACUACUUCGUCGCCUCAGAACACUUCACACCGAGCUGAGCCAGCUGGACCAAGAAGAUGCACACCGCGACUCUCUCGUACCCGUCGCCCAAGAGCUGGCCCACCGCAAUCUGCUCGAGCAUCGCGACCGUGGUGUCAAGGCCUGGACUGCUCUAUGCAUCGUUGAGAUGUUCAAGUUGCUGGCUCCUGACGCCCCCUUCAAGGCCGCCCAAUUGAACCAGAUCUUCUCUCUCAUCAUCACUCAAGUCCUGCCUGCCCUCGGCAAUCCACAAGAUCCCUACAACGAACAACACCUGUCCAUCAUCCGAUCGCUCGAUGAAGUAAAGAGUAUUGUACUGCUUACAGAUAUUCCUGGUGCCGAUGGUCUACUGUACAAGUUGUUCACAGGUGCCUUUGACAUCUUCGCAGACACGUCCAAGAACGACAAGGCCGAGGAGCUGGGCAAGAAUGUAGAGCACCACGUUACAAGCCUGCUCGUUACUGUUGUGGAUGAGAGUCCCUCACUACCCAACGAUGUGGUCGAUAUCAUACUGGCGCAAUUCCUCCGUCUCGAUCCUACUACCUUCCCUCUCCAGCUUAACAAAUCCGCUCUCGAAUCGUCGCGUCCUUUCCACCUCCAAUUGCCUCCGCCGGCUUACAAUAUGGCCAAAAACAUCUGCAGCUCGUGUCCUGACAAGAUGUCGCGUAUGGUUGCACAUUACUUCAACUCAAUCAUUGCCGACCUCUCGGACGGUAUUGAUGGCUCAAGCUCACGAAAGUCCAUGUCGCGAAAACGAGCUGGCGCUGACGACGAGGACGAGGAGGAAGACGAAAAUGAUCGCGACGCCCCGCCUGCUGGUCCGUCUGCCGAAGAGCUCAAAUCAUUAGAGAAGGCUCACAGGCUGCUUCGCGAGCUUUGGAGAUCUGCCGCACUGGUCAUACAGAACAUUGUCCCACAGAUUGAGUCUGAACUCAGCGCUGAGAACGUGGAUGUAAGAUUGUUGGCCACCGAGACAGUUGGUGAUCUGAUCUCUGGCAUUGGCGCAGCAGGCCCCCCCGCUCCAAUUGCGCUCGAUCCUGCAGCAUACCCCUCGCAAAGCAUAGAUCCACCUUCAGCAUACUCCCGAACGUACAAUUUCCUCACAACACCAGCCGCUCCUCACGCAUUCUCCUCGGUUCACGCCUCUACAUACCAAGGCUUUCUCAAUCGUCGCAAUGACAAAUCACCUCGAGUCCGUUCUGUCUGGGUGACUUGUGCGGGUCGCAUUUUGGCCACUUCUGCCGGCGGUGUUGGCCUCGACCCGAAGGAGGAAAAUGCUCUGCUCAGGUACAUCUCCGAUAUGCUUGUGGACACCGAUGAUCACGUUCGUCUUGCUGCUGUGCAGGCUAUCGGUCGCUGUGACUUCGAGACCAUUGUGCAACGCAUAGGCUCCAGCGGCAGUGUCACCACUCCUGAUUCUGUCUUAUCAAACCUGGCCGACAGAAUCAAGGACCGCAAGCACAACGUUCGCGCAGAGGCCAUGUCUCUACUUGGUCGAAUCUGGGGUGUUGCUGCGGGCGCUAUCAUUGAAGGAAACGAAAGAGUCCGCAUGCUUCUUGGGGCGAUCCCUUCGCGCAUUUUUGAUGCCAUCUACAUCAAUGAUCGCGAGAUCACUGCACUGGUUCAACAAGUUCUUUACGAUUCACUGCUGCCUAUAAGCUUUCCUCCUAUCAAGAACAAGUCCACCUCAAAUGGCGAUUCUCAACGUGUCAAGGAUAGCCAGGUACCGGCUUCGCAAGUUGAGAAGGCACCAAGCCCAGAUGCUAUUCGUGCUGAGCGAAUCUUGGUGCUAGUUCGGGACCUCGAGCAGAAGGCUAAGACAGUGUUCUUCACUUUCCAGGCUAGACAAACCAAGAGGGCGCAAUAUUUGGAGGCAUUCUUAAAACGCUGCGAAGACUAUAACGGAGGCGUCAACGCAAAGAAUGGCAAGGAAGGUAGUGGCUCACUGUCCAAAUUGAUAGAGUUCUUUGCGCGAGAGCGUCCUGAACCUCUUGUAGCCAACGACCACCUCUGGAAGUUUGCUAAAAAGCACGAUAGGAGGUGCUAUCAGCUUAUUCGAUUCGCGAUAAAUCCUGAUAGCGAGUACAAGAAGGUCGUCAAUGCUAUCAAGGAACUGACAAAACGUGUUGAAGAACAAACUGGUCAUACUCCAGCGAUAUUGACGACCAUUCUCCCUAUAAUCUAUCAAGCCAGCGUAUUGGUGUACAGCAAGAGUCAUGUCCCCACAAUAGUCGACAUCUCUCGUACAGAGGACAAGGGUCUUGGUUCAUCUGCACACGAAGUGCUCAGGGAGAUCUCGACCCACAACCCCGAGGUCUUCAAGGCGCAUGUGCGCAGCUUGUGCACUGCACUGCAGGAGCAAGUGCCAUCAAAGGAUAGACCGUCUGAUUCUGGAGUUGUCGAAACAUUGAAAGCGUGCGCAGGCUUUGCGCAGAGAUAUCCCCAAGAGAUUCCUCGUGAGCGUGCCUUCCUGCAAGCUAUGGUCCAAUUUGCUCUCCAUGGAAAGCCACCAAUAGCUGCAAAGCAUGCGGUUUCUGUCAUUGUUGCUGCGGAUGAGAAGAAGGACAUGUACGUCAAAGACAUUGUCACCAAGUGUGUGCAAGGCUUCGAGUACGGGGAAGAAGGCUAUCUCUCCAAACUGGCCGCGCUCAGUCAACUUAUGCUUUUGUCUGCCAAAGAUACAGAGGACGAACAUGAUAACAUCUUGGAGAUCGCAAUCCAGAAGGUGAUCUUGCAGGUACGCACAGAAGCCAAGUCAGACGAUGUGGAAUGGCAAGAGGUUCCGGACGAUGAAUGCGAAGCCAAGAUUUGGGCUCUCAAGAUCUUAGCAAACCGACUCAGAUCUUAUGCUAUGUCUGUGCCCGACAGCGAAAUUGAGUCUGUGGUUACAGAGCUAGCGCUUCCAGUCUUCAAGCUUUUGAACCGGGUUGUUGACAAAGAUGGUGAGCUGUCUAAGACGCAGAGCGAAACUCCCAAGCCCCACAGGGCACGCUUGCGACUGACAGCUGCUAUCUUACUACUCAAACUUUGCAGUGCACACAAACGGUUCGACGCACUGAUGGAGCCCAAGAACUUCAACCGUCUCUUCGUUAUUGCUCAGGAUCCUCUGCCCGAGAUCCGCUCUGCGUUCGCGGACGCCAUCAAGAAGUAUCUCGGCCAAGGUAGACUUCCACAACGCUUCUACACUUUAGUGUUUGUUUAUGCUUUUGAGCCCAAUGCAGCGAUAAAGAACCCGGCGUCAACAUGGCUGAAGGGUCGUGCUGCAGCGUUUGCCAAAUCCAACGAAACUGUCAUGGAGGCCACCUUCGCACGCUUAAUCAGUCUCCUCGCUCAUCACCCGGAUUUCUCAAUGGAGGUGGAUGACCUGCAAGACUUUGUUGACUACAUGAUGUUCUAUCUGAAGACUGUUGCUACGCCAGCAAAUAUCGCUUUGAUCUACCACAUCGCUCAAAGAAUGAAGUCUGUUCGGGACGGCAUUGACGAAAGCAAGAGCGAGAAUCUAUACUGUCUGUCAGACAUUGCGCAGGCUGUCAUCCAUAGAUAUCAGGAACUGCAGGGCUGGUCGAUGUCAGUAUGGUCAGGCAAACCUCGUCUCCCCAGCGGUCUCUUUGCAGCCCUCCCCAAUCAUGCAGUGGCUCAAGAAAUCGCCGAGAAGCAAUACGUACCGGAACAGCUGAUGGACAAAAUUGAAGAUCUGGUCAGAGAUCGUCUGCGCACCAAGAAGCGCAAGUCUGAGAGCACAAACACUCAAGCCAAGAAGCGAGCUAGAGCAAGUGAGGGCAAGUCUUCCAAGCCGACGACGAAAAAAGCCAAGAGCGUCAAGACGCCCAAGAAGAGCAGAGCCUCCAACGCUACGGCUUCUGUGCCCGCGAGCGAGCAACGACGAGGAAAGCGACGUCGAAGACCAAGAGAUGGAUGA